AUGCGUAGGAUAAUUGUCGCAGAGGUACCGUCCUUCGCCAUCGAGCGUGUCUACCUCCACCAAAACACGUCAGUUAUAGCCGACGAAGUUUUCUGUCAUCGAUUGGGCUUGGUACCUCUUAACAUUGAUGGGAGCAAGCUAGACUUUUGCAGCGACGCUCUGCCAGACACUUGUGAGAUUGAGGACUUCGACCCCAAUCAUCAUAUAAUUUUUGACCUGGAUGUUAAGAUUGACAAAUUACCUGUUAAAGAAAGCGAUGUAUCUGCAAAGGAAGGCCUGCACAUUACCCCACUUUACAGGUAG